AUGAAAAUCACGUGGGAUACAAUAAAUAUCGGAUGGGGAUUGAAGAAAUAUGUUUUAGUCAUCUUAUCUGCAUUGAUGGGCAAUUGCCACGCUCACCAUUGGGCCCGGACUUAUAGGCAAGUCGAACAAAAUCGCCGUCUGAAAAGCUACGUUAAUCGCUUGGGUGAACCUCUAAAUGAGGAACAGCAGGCGAAAGUUUUGAAUGAUCUUUUGCACGUAAUGCAAGUCGAUGGACUUAAUACCGAAGCUAUCCAUAACGGACAUUAUGACGGGAUAUACGAUCUCGUCAAAAGAUUUGCGGAGCGUCAAGGGAAGCGCAAAGUCGCUCCAAAUUCACCUGAUACUCCAAUAGCGAGCCGAACAGUGCAGCCAGAGCUGAAGAAAUCGGUGUCGAUGGACACCGACGAAAGCGAGAAAUUACCGGGGACAGCUAAUACUGUACCGGUAAUGGAAGUUAACACUGCGAAUGCUGCACCAGCUGUGAAUACCGGAUCUGCAGUGAUCACUGCGCCGUCUAGCGGAAUUCCGCAAACAGAAGUUGUUGCGUCGGUGAAAGCACUGACGAUCGCGGAAACUCUACCGGCAUUGGAGCAGCAACCCGCGGCAGAGGUGGGUGAUGAGAUGACGGGACCAGAACCGUCAAUUAGGAAUAACUUCCUUUUCCCGACGAGACAAGCCUUUCGAGACCGGCAAUUGGAGCUGGAGGCGAUGGGACAGAGCGAAACCUUCACCGAAGUGGAUCAUUUGAUCUUUACGGUGCAUAUCCCGGAUAACGAGACCGAUCCACUGUACUAUCCGGGUGGAAAUGACGAAGUGGACAUGUUGGAAGAUAGUACCGAAGUUAAGACUACGUCUGCCGUAUUGAGCGACGCUCUUAACGCAUUAAAUGAAGAACCGCAGACGCACAAAUCGGUGCAUAAUACUCGGUUAAAGAAUUGCCGUAGCGCAUUAAUUGCGUAA